AUGUUAAAUAAAAUUAAGAAUAUGGAGUAUCAAACGUCAACAUCCUCACCGAAACGGAAGCGACAUCGUUCCGGAAAAUUCGAUGAUGUGGACUCAGCACUUUUUGAGUGGUUUAAAGGUGCCAGAGCCAGUAGCAUGCCAAUCAGCGGCAUUAUUCUUCAAAAGAAAGCUGAUGACCUCGCUAAAAGUCUCGGCCAUAUGGACUUCAGUGCUUCGGGAAGCACGGUAGAACGUUUCAAGGGAAGGCACAACAUUGUUUCUCAUGCUAUAAGUGGAGAGAGCGGAAUGGUUGAUUCAUCGGUGACUGAUGAAUGGAAGGAGCGAACUUUGCCUGCCCUGCUGAAAGAUUUCUCCCCUCAAAACAUAUUUAACGCUGAUGAAACGGGGCUCUUCUACAAACUCAUGCCAUCAUACUCUCUUAAUGUCCGUGGUGAAACCUGCACUGGAGGCAAAAAAGGCAAAGAAAGAUUAACGUUCCUAGUUGCUUGCAGGGAUCAUUCUGGUCAGGAGUUUUACCUGGCUUGCAAUAUGGAUGGAUCGGAGAAGCUUAAACUCGUUGUUAUUGGCCGAUUCGCUAAUCCCAGAUGUUUUAAAGGUGUAAAGUCCUUACCUGUGACUUACCUUGCCAAUAAACGGGCCUGGAUGACAGGGAAACUUUUCUCUGACUGGGUGCUACAACUUGACAGAAAGUUUUCAUCUCAAUCGAGAAAGGUAUUACUGAUUGUGGACAACUGUGCUGCUCAUCCUAAAUUGACUGGGUUAAAGUCGAUAACUUUGGCUUUUUUUCCGCCGAACACCACAUCGGUUUUACAACCUUGUGACCAGGGCAUUAUUUACAACUUCAAAUGUAAAUACAGACAGCGUAUGGUGGAACAUAUCAUUGAUUCAUACGAUAGAAAGAAAGAGCCGGGCAUCAACGUGCUUGUAGCCAUAAGAUACGCAUUUGCAGCAUGGAGAGAUGUUUCACCAACUGUUAUUAUGAAAUGCUUUAGAAAAUCUGGGUUCAUCGCAGAAGAGGAAACCAUGGACGAUGAUGACGACAUGCCACUCGCACAAAUGAUAGAAAAUAUCAGAGAUGAAAUUCCCCUUGCUCGUCUGCGGACAAUAACAAACACAGACACUUCAUUUAAUGAUAUCUUGCCUGCAGAGGAAAAUGAAACAAUAACUGAGGCAAAAAAUGAUUCUGAUAUUGUAGCGGAUAUAUUAGGAACAAAUAAUGACGAUGACUGUCAAUCAUCCAAAGACGAGAUCUAUUUAGAUGAUCUGCCGGUUGUGUCAAAAAAUGAAGCUAUUGAUUGUUUGCACAAGAUUAGAACAUACUUUGAGUCCAAUGCACAUGUUGAAGAAACAGUUUUUAAAAAAAUAUUGGAUAUUGAAUUUAACUUGAAGAGUUGUAAACAUUCCCAAACUAAAAUUAGCGACUUCUUCUCAGCAAAGUGAUUUUUUGUGCAUGAUAUUCUAUUGUUAAUAAAUAACAAUAUUGCAUAUA